AAAAAUUAUAAAAAUUAAUUGAAAAUGAAUUCAGAACGAUUAUUGGUCCGUUUGAUCUUAAGAAAUGCAUUGUCAAAGAGAACUAUGGCAAGCCAUGGACGUCGUCAUCCAGUAGCAACAAUGAACGACUUGCCAGUUCCACAAGGUGAUUUCUUUGCAAGACAUGCAGCAAACCAACGCAGAUAUAAUACAAUUUUGGCUGCUGGAAUUAUUUCAGUUGUAUCAGGAUUAUAUGCCUGCACUCAAACUGAUGUCAUGUCGUUGAACUUCUCACCACCAGACACAUACGAAUAAGCUGCAAGUAAAAAUUUCAUAAACUUCUGCCGA